AUGAAUCAGUGCCCCGUGUCACAGACCAACAUCUCUAACGCCUCUAAUGUUGGCCUUGGGGAGAAGGGACAUCGGGGAUGCCUCACACAAGAAAGUGUCAUCACAAGAAUAGACAAUCUGAAAAAGACUUUUGUCCAAAUCCACCAACUAGUGACAGCAGAGGAUCUACUGGAAAGGUAUGGCCAUGCUGCUAUCUGUGGAGCCCCAGGAGACGGGAAAACUAGCAUUGCACUGAUGCUCUGUAAGAAAUAUCUCAAGAAACAUUAUGAGGUAUUGUUCAUAGAACAUAUUGAACAGUUUGAUGUGAAUGUGAUCAUCAAACGGCACAAUCACAUGUAUAUUGUCUUCGAUGACAUUUUCGGCUCCGUUACAUUUCCAACUAAUUUAGAAAACACACAGAAAGUGUUCAGUGCCCUUGACGAAGCUUUACAGAUUGACAUUCUGGAGAAGGAAUGUAAGACCAGAUCCAACCAGGGUAGGAGACAAAUGGAACCAGACCAGGAUAAAUCACAGCCAAGUGAGAAGGAAUCACAACAGACAUUCAAACUCCGCUUCCUUUUCACAUCCCGAACCUACAACUGGAAUGAGGGACGUGCAAGACUCCAUCAGUUCAAAGUCAACCUUUUUAACCUGCAUGUUGUCAUUGAUUUAAGUAAGAAAUGUCUCACAGAUGACGAAAAGGAGACUAUUCUCAGGUCCCACAUGCGAAGAUACCCAAUGUGUGAUAUCUCUAAGGAAGAUGUGAAGACUAUCGCUCAUUGA